GCAUGUUUGUAAAUAGACUAAAUCCUCUCGAAGAAAAAGUUACUCCCCAAAAGAAAAGGUUUUUUCACUGAAAGGUAAGAAGAUUUUGUUUGUGAUAUCGACACGACUUCUUUAGAAGUAAAAAGUACGCCUGAUUGUUGACACGCUAAGAGUACAGGCCAGUUUAAAUGUUUAAUGUAUUAUAAAUAAUUUCGAAUUAUGAAAAAUUGAUACAUCGUGCAUCAAAGUUUGAUAUCAAUUCACUGUAAUAUUAUACGUCGAUAUUUACACUUUGAUAUUUAUACUGCAAUUUAAUUGAAUAUUGCCAUUUAAUUGCAACUAAUAUUAUAGCAUGGUUUUAUGUGACACACUGACACAUUCCAGUGCUCUCCCGGGUAAAAUUGGCUGGAGUUCGAGUAAAAUAAUAAAGUAGGGUGCAUGCAUCUUAAUUGGUUAAUUAGCUAUAUACAUAAAUCAUAUGUGAUUAAACAAUAUGGUGAAUAUGGUUAUAGAAUUAGAUGAUGGCAGGAGCCACUUUGAAGCGUGUUGCUAUCGACAACUACAAAGUUUUCAACAACAAACAAGUACUUGACUUCCGUCAUGGACCAUCACUGUCAACCAAUAGCAAGUACUUCACACUGGUUGGUGAAAACGGCAGCGGAAAGAGCACAUUCCUAGCUCUUGUUGGCCUUGCUAGCGACUUUGCAGGCAAAGUAACAAACCAUGUAUGUGAUCAAGCUAAAGGAUCUGUGAUCUCGUGUGAAUAUGUAAUUGAAAACUGGUUGGAGUUGACCAACACGCACAGUAAUGUCGUACACAACUACCCUGUGUUGGAGCUGUGGUUUUUAACUGGUGUGUUAAAAAUCCCCCACAUGUUACAGCAAUAUAUUUCUGAGAAAUACUUGGCGUCAAACACGAAGGAUUUGACUGUUGUCAUUGGUUUCAAACAUCUACCGUCGUCAGAAUCGAGUGGUGAAGCAGUCGUCUCAAAAUUCUUGUACGUCCAAUCGGGUUCCAGCAUUAUUGCAUUGGUACAUGAGCUGAAUGGCGAGGCUAAGGUAGCUGUCGUGGAGGGCCUGGAGAACACUGACCUACUGCAUUGGAUGCCAGAUGAGUCCAUUCUGGUCUCGACUGGAUGCAAUUUCCUUCCAGAUUUAAAAACACCAGUUUCUAACGAAGAUAAUUCCAAUGAAUGUUUAAAUCCUAAAAACCCCCAAGCUUUGUUAAUCCUUGCUCUCAGGAAUACAUUAGCAGCUGAGUCUCGCGACACUGUCUGGGCAGAUAUCAUUGAGCUGUUUCAUGAACUGACAGGCAAUACUAAAAUAACUGUGAUUUAUGACCCAUUAAGUGGGGCCGUCCGCAUGAAACAGCAGUAUGGUCAUUGUGAGACUAUCCGAGAUGAUUUACCUGAAGGAUUCUUUCAUGCAUUUCUCAUUGCUUUCCUUGUUGUUAAUCCAACAGUUAAGACGAUCCUCCUUGACGAGCCAACCCGUGGCAUGCAUCCACUUCAGAUUCGUCGUCUUCAGCGGAUCCUCUCCCAGAAAUCCUUGCAAGAAGACAAAGUGAUCAUUGUUGCCACCCAUGCCCCUGAUAUGGUGCACACAUCCCAAAUCAACCAGAUAUUCCGUUUCCAGCAACUUGAUUCAGGAUUUGUCGAAGUUCGAAGAACAUCAGUAAAACACGAUAACCGUGAUAUUCGCUUCAUCAGUUCUGUUGAAAGUCGAGAGUUGUUCUUUACCCGUAGGAUAAUAUGGGUUGAAGGCGACACAGAUCGACGGUUUUGUGAAGCAAUGUUGAAACUGAUUGAUGAGGGUAAUGAUGUACUUUGGAGUAUCCUUAUGGAUCCCCAGGAUAUUGAUGAAGAAUACAGAGGGGCACCUGCAGGAUCAACAGGUACAGUCGAGGACAUGGAUGAUGGCAGUGAUAGCAGUACGGAUGAGGUAGAUUAUGGCAAAAUAGGGAUAAAUCCACUGGAUAAUCUCUUUCAAACAUCAGCAUACAAGAGGAAGUAUUUCAGAGCUAAGGUGCUUGGUGAUUGUCAGGAACUUGCCAGAAGUUGCAGUGUCUUGCCUUUGUCAGGUAAUUCAUUAACUGCUUAUUAAGGUUACUGACUGACCAGGGUGUUAGCCAGAAGUAAAAAAAAUCUGUGUUUACCUGAAAUUGGGAAAUUUAUUUUAGUCUGAAGCAUUUUUAGCCCGGGCAUUUCUUUGUGGGUCUGGGGGCAUGCGGUUGCCCCCUCUCGAUUUGUGUCUUUGAAAUGGCAUUUCCCGCAUUUUGGGAGUAAUUUUGAGCAAAUGUAGUUAUAAACAUGUUUUAAUGGCGUGGUGCGUUUUAAUAAGUCCAGUUUUACUGUAAAGGGUGUGAAGUAGUCAAAACAUCAUCCAUUGAGCGCCAGUGACGACGGUGAAAUCGUCUGGCAUCAAGCAGGAUAAAAUAAAGCACGGUGGUCAUUAAUCAUUGUUGUACUUACUGUAAUCAUGAUAACAAACCAUUUCUGUUUCUACAGGCAAGAAGAACAUCGACAAAGCAACGAGAACUUGCAAAGAUCUCGGAAUUCCUUACGCUGUAAUUUGUGACUUAGAUGCCGUCCUCCCCAAUUCCAAGAAAAACAGUAUCAUGUCGCAAUUCAUGAAAUGCGUCGGUAACUGGAGCCUCGGUUAUGUCGAGAAGAAACUUCUUUUUGACAGCGAGCAAAGCCCUGCCAGCACAUGCAUUGAAGACCCAAGCCUCAAGGCAAUGUUAAGAAAAUGCCACAACGCGCACGAAAUUAUGGAAUUCUACGAAACGAUGGAACGUAUUUUUGCGUGGCGGGUCGGGAACGGUGAAAUCGAAGAUCUCGUGAAAGUGACAAAGCGAACUUUUUCUAAGAAACGGUGGGCAGAUUUCACCUCCGAUGCUUUUCAAGAAUUGAUCCAGUUCAUGUUAGUGCCUAGCGUUGAGGACACUCCUGGUUAUGCUGGCCAGACGAAUCCAGAGUUGCUGCGUUGUUUUUGCUUCGUGUUAGAGUUUUUGCAAGCAGUGCGGUAGUAUGAUCAUGGAUUGUAUAUAAAAUUGUAAUUUUACAAUCUAUGGUAUGAUGAAGUAAAUAUAGAACAAUUGUCGUCUCGAAAGUGGCGUAAAGCACUAUGUUAAGAUUUAUACUAAGACGCCUUAGACUAGGUCUAGAACUGGAUUGUUUAGGAAUCUCACUUGCAGAGCUAACUGCAUGUAUGAUCAAUCAAUCCACUUUUUUUAAAGAGGGUUAAAUUAAGCAUAUUAUUAUUAUUUCUGAAUAUUUAUACAGGAUUAAAGCUUCAGUUUUUUACAUAAUAUUUACAGUAAAAUACAACGCAAGAACUGCUAUCCACGCUUGUCCUGUAAAACAUACGUCUCUAAUAAUAAACAACUACUAAAAACCAUUAAAUAUUAUUAGUAUAAUUACAUAGGUGAUUAUUGAAAAUUCUCCACGCUGAUUGGUUACCGUUGAGGUGAUUAUUACGCGAUAAUCACCUAAGCGAUUUUCAAAAUGGCGGCCGAAGCCGUUUUGUCAAUUAAAAGACGAAGAAAUGUGCAUUUUUUAAUUUUUUUCCAAAAAAUCACCUAUGAAAUUAUACUAAAACAAUUAUUCACCUCAGGCUCGGUGAUUAUCGUGAAUAAAAACCUCGACUUCGUCUCGGUUUUUAUUCACCGAUAAUCACCUCGCCUUCGGUGAAUAAUUGUUAAGUAAUAUUACGUGAUGAAUAUUAAAAAUGUUCAAAAUGUUAAAACAGUUCCUUCAAGCCUUUCUUGAAUUUUUCGACAGUUUGGAUUGAUCUUAAAUCUAAUGGUAGAGCAUUAUAAUUUCGCUCCGCCAAAAUAAAAGCUUUGCUUUGCUACCUCCAGCUUCACGCGAGGUAAUCUUAACAUGCAAUUGUUAUUUCGUGUUCCUUUUUCAUGACUAUAAUCAUUGUAAAAUACUCGUCAAAAAUUGGAUUAUGUAUUUCCUGUUCUAUACUCGUAAAUAGCCAAUAUACUUGGUAAGUCAAAAAAACUUGCACCAGGGCCGCAGGUUCGAUUCCUCAUGCCACAGGGCCUAUAGUUGCAUUUUUCACCAUGGGUGGAUUUAUAGGGGGUUGCACAGGGGUGCGCACCCCUGUUGGCCUUGGUCAACAGGGGUGCAAGGGGGGUGCAAAUAAAUCAAAUUCAGGAAAUCCAAGGUUUUUCCUUUUCUUGAAGUCAAACUGAAGCUCAUAAUUCAAUGCCCAUAUCGCAGGAAAUGGUAUUUCUAUAGGAUUCUAAUUUUCCAGGAACAUACCCCUGGAUCUCCUAGGGAGCACGCGCCUUCGGCGCUCGAGUUGUUCGGAAGCCAAUUCGUUUGAAUGCUCUCCCACCCCCUAAAGAAUUAUAAAGAACACUCGGCUGCUCACCCGGCACCCCCCUAGAAAAACCUUGUUGGAACCACCCCUGUUUUUCACAGCUGCUACUUAGGUGUAAUAAAUGCAUACAAUUUUAAGUAUAUAGCCGGCCAGUAUAAUCUAUAGAACUGACUGUAGAAAUUGCCUGCAGGCAAGACAUUCAUUGAAAAGAAUAGUUGAUUUUAGUGGAUAUCUUAAUGAUUGUUUUGUACUUUGUAAAAAUAUAAAGUAAUGUUUUAUAACAGGAGUAUUUAUGAUGUUUUAAAUAGUUCCACUUUAUUUAAUAGUUCAUUGUAAUAAUAACUCUUUCUCUAGACUAAUGCAGCAUUGCACAAACUAUAAGAUCA